AUGUCUGAAACAAAAGCACCUGGUCCAGAUGGGUAUAAUGCUGCCUUUGUCAAAUCAGCUUGGGACAUUAUUAAUGGUGAUCUAUAUCUUGCUAUGAAGGAAUUCUUAAAUACGGAAAGCUUCUUGGGUUUGAGGUUUUCUAGUAUUAUGAUAAACUGGAUUAUGGAAUACAUAUCUUCACCUAAGUACACUCUUGAACUAAAUGGAUCUUUGCAUGGAUAUUUUAAAGGAUGGAAUAUCUCUAAGAGAUUAAAUGCUCUUAGAAACGAUAAUCUCUUCAAGUAUCAUCCUAAUUAUCAAUGCCUGGGGAUUACACAUUUGAUAUUUGCAGAUGAACUUCUCCUCUUUGCUAAAGCUGAUGGUUAUUCAAUUAUGAAAUUAUUUAAUUGUCUUCAAGAGUUCAGUAGGGUAUCUGGAUUAGAGGCUAAUCCUGCCAAAUGCUCAAUAUACUUCAGUGGUGUUGAUGAUGGUCUGAAAAAUCAGAUUUGUUCCUUUCUAAAUUUCCCUGAGGGGAUGCUACCAAUCAGAUAUCUGGGAUUACCAUUUAUGUCAAAGAGAUUAUCUUACCUUGAUUGUUCUCCUCUGAUAAGUAAAAUCUCUGAGCAAUUCCCUCACUAG